ACUUCCUGUAACCGGAAGUUUACUUCACGAGCCUUUUAGUCAAGAGAAUAGAUUUUUUGUUUGUUUGUUUUACUUAUUAAACUUCAUCUAACACGUAUAGUUUGCAGUUUAGCCAGUUUGGUAAUUUUUUAAAAUUAAUAUAUAUUCAAAAACAAUAAUUUGGACAACGCGCAGGUUUCAGUAACUAUCUAGAUCUAGCCCAGGGUAACUGAAGGGGGUUCAGGGUGAGGAAGAGGAGGAUGUCUGGAGGAACUCGACUAGAGAACGUGAACCCUUUAAUUUAUCAGAGAUCCGGAGAAAGACUCCUGACUGCGAGUGAAGAAGACGAAGAUGUGACUGAUCCCAUUGAUGACCGAGAAAUCUUCGAUCACAUUAGGUCCAUCAAUGAUCCUGAGCACCCUCUGUCUCUCGAAGAGUUAAAUGUUGUGGAACAAGUGCGUGUGAAAGUGAAUGACGAGGAGAGCACAGUCUCCGUGGAGUUCACACCAACCAUCCCUCACUGUAGCAUGGCUACUCUCAUAGGGCUGUCUAUCAAAGUCAAGCUACUGCGCUCACUGCCUGACAGGUUUAAGAUUGAUGUCCACAUUACACCAGGAACACACGCUUCAGAAGAAGCAGUUAAUAAACAGCUAGCAGAUAAGGAGAGAGUGGCUGCAGCUUUGGAGAAUGCUCAUCUGCUGGAAGUCGUCAACCAGUGCCUUUCCACAAGACCUGUGUGACCCAUUCAGUGUUUGUUUAUUAUUCUGUGGAUGAGACUCACACAAUUCUCUCAACCUACACACACAAUAAGUGAAACAUGCUCUGUGACAUUUUUUUGUGAUACGCUUAUGUUAAUUAUGAGUUUUUACUGAGCACAGUUGAAAUAUAAAGGAAAUUGAAAAAAAAAAACAUUCUUGAGUGACUGCCAUGUUUCAUAUGUUUAUAAUUAAACAAUUGCAAACAACGUAUUGAAGGAUAAAUUGUAAUAACAAAUGAUCUGAAAUUCAUUCAGAAGUUUUCUUAAUAAAAUGUUUUGUUUUUUAAUAUUA